GCCCCGCUGCGUGUGUCUGGGACGGACAUGGACUGAGUGAGGGCGCUCUUUCCUCCGAGAGCAGAGCCAAACCCGACGAUCUCAGCUCGAAUCCGCCAGAAAGAACACCACAGUCCCGCUGUCAGUCUUUCACAUCCCACUCUAAACACACUAACACGGCAUUGAUGGUAAUGUAUGCGAGGAAACAACCGAGACUCGGCGAUGGGUGCGACCGAAGAGAUUCUCAGCCCUAUCAGACUCUCAAAUACUCGUCCAAGAGCCAUCCGGGUGGGGACCACCGGCACGACAAGAUGCGAGACUCCUCGGACGUCACGCCUCCCUGCAAGAUGCUGCGGCGGUCUGACAGCCCUGAAAACAAACACACAGACGGCACGGGGCACGGCAGAGUCAAGGCCGUCCACACACACCGGGCCCGGGACAGGGACGGAGGGACCAGUUAUUCUCCUCAAGAGAACUCUCACAACCACAGCUCCCUGCACAGCUCCAACUCACAUUCGAACCCCAGCAAGACCUCAGACACACCUUACGAACCCGGUGACGACUGGUCCGAGCACAUCAGUUCCUCUGGGAAGAAAUAUUACUACAACUGCAGGACGGAGGUGUCCCAGUGGGAGAAGCCCAAAGAGUGGCUGGAGAGAGAGCAGAGGCAAAAAGAGGCAACAAAGACCGCCGUGGUCAACAGCUUCCCCAAGGACCGGGACUACCGGAGGGAGGCCAUGCAGGCCUCGGCGGCGCCCGGCUUCACCGGUCCCAAGUUGACCCCGGUGGAGAAGCCCACGGCGGCGGCCACCACACAGUCCCAGUCUUCAUCCUCCUCAUCCUCGUCGUCGUCUUCGGGCUCGGGCAGCUUGAACGCCUCGUCCGCUCCCGCCAGCUCGUCGGCGUCCUCCACGGUCCCCGUGUCCCCGGUCCUGCAGUCCCCGGCCCCCCCGCUGCUGCAGGACCCCACCCUGCUGCGCCAGCUGCUCCCGGCGCUGCAGACCGCCCUGCAGCUCAACAACGCCAGCGUGGACAUGGCCAAGAUCAACGAAGUUCUCACAGCUGCUGUCACUCAAGCUUCGUUGCAGUCGAUGCUCCAUAAGCUGCUGACCGCCGGGCCGUCGCCGUUCAACAUCACCACCAUCCUGUCUCAAGCCGCUCAGCUGUCCAGCCAAGCCCAGCAGUCCAACCAGUCGCCCAUGUCGCUAACGUCGGACGCCUCGUCGCGGUCCUACGUCUCGCCCCGGAUCAGCACGCCGCAGAGCAACGCCGGGCCUCUCAAGCCCCUCCUCAGCACGCCACCCGUCAUCUCACAGACUAAAGCCAGCACGCCGUCGGUGAAGCCGGCGUCUCACGGCCAGCCGGCGGCCCAGCAGCCCCUCCCCGGAGACAAGCAGCACGGCCACGACGGCUCCACGGCGUCUCCGCGCACGCUGCAGCGCCAGGGCAGUCAGAGGAGUCCGUCUCCCGGUCCGAACACGUGGCCCCGGCGGUGGCGUUGGCGUUGGCGGGCGGCGGCGUUGGCGGCCCCAGCCUGCCCUCGGCCCCCCCCUCCUCGGCGGCGUCCCGGCCCUCCUGCUCCUUCACCCCCACCUCUCGCCGCUCACUUCAACGACAGCCUCAUCAAGCACGUGCAGGGCUGGCCCGCCGAGCACGCCGAGAAGCAGGCGUCCCGGCUACGGGAGGAGGCCCACACCAUGGGCAGCAUCUGCAUGUCCGACAACUGCACCGAGCUGAAGAACCUGCGCUCCCUGGUCCGGGUCUGCGAGAUCCAGGCCACGCUGCGGGAGCAGAGGAUACUGUUCCUCAGACAGCAAAUCAAAGAACUCGAAAAGCUGAAGAACCAGAACUCCUUCAUGGUCUGAGAGAGAGAGAGAGAGAGAGAGAGAGCAGGGGACGCAUUGCACAUAGCUGGAAGCUGUUCAGGUCCUCUUGAGCCCAGUCUUAACACACACACACACACACACACCACACACACACACACACACACACACACACACACACACACACACUUUGCAGUGGAGUGGACGUUGGGCCGUCUGGGCUGGAGAACCAAGCAGGACUGAGGAGGUUUUAUGAGCCUGGCGUUUAGUGGAGACGGCGGCGGCGGAGGAGGCGGAGCCUGUAGAUUCCUGUAGAUCUUCUUAUCCAUGUUGUAAAUAGGUUUUGUAGAUGAAGCCAUGGAAAGCCAUGCCUAUCAGACGCUUUGACAUCCAGACUAAUCCACGCCUGGGCGGCCGCUGCCUUCAUCAGCUCGCCUCUUCCUCUUCCUCCAUGUUAACCGGUCCGCAGACUCCACGCUUCUUUCUCUUCCUGUCGGCGGCGGCGGCGGCGAGCCGGAUGCUCCCAGCAUCACACACUGUCUCCUGUCGGUUCCUCAGCUCUGAUUCGCCCCUCUUCCUGUAACCUCUGGGUCCGCUCCCAGAACCAGACGUGCUCUCAGGCACGGCGGACAGCCGCCCGCCGCCGCCGCCGCCGCCGCCGCGGUCCGGGCUCCGCCUGCAGCCCGUGGUGACCCUGCUUCUCCCGUCUGAAGACAGAACCCAGUGCCUGGUGGAGGGAGUGCUUUAACAGGACGGAGGAAACGGAGCCAGGAGACGUGACGGCGUGCUGCUGUGGACCAGGCCCCGCCCCCCGCCCGGCCCCCGCCCCCACUCUGUUCUGUGUUCAUUCCGUUGUACAGCCGCUGACCCGAGCAGCGCGGAUCUCAAAAGGUUUUAUUUAUACGGAGCUGUGGCGGAGCGCCAUUCCAGGCCGGGGGCGGCGUGCAGCGACCUCCAGUCGGCCAGGGCGACCAGAUGUCAAAGGUCAAAUGUGAAAAUGUACGUAUUGUAAUAAACAUGUUAAA